UAGUUUAAACCUAAACUACGUGUCUUAGAGAUGCUGAGACACAAUUACAACCAAAAAAAUAGCCAAAAUCAAAGCAUAUGACAGUAUGACACAGUUGCAUAAGUCUUCUACUACUUAAAGCAACAGCAACCAAUUCUGUAGCCAAAAGUCACAAUUACAUGUUACAACACGCAUCUAUUAUCUAAUCUCUUUAACUUUUAUCCAAUUUUUCAAGCUCAAACUUAGAAGCAAAAUCAAAAGAAGAUUCUUAAACAAAUUAUCCCUUAUCACUAGUAACAAGCAAAUUUAAAGGAAAAACCUCAACAAUCUUCCUUAUUAUCAUCAAACAACAAAACACUCUUCUUUUGUUGUUUGAAGGGUCAUUCACACACACCUUACCUUAAUUCUUUGAGUGUCCAUAAAAAUUGGAUCUAUAGUUCCAAGAACAUGGGUACUCUAACUACUCCUCCUUUGCUUACUUCUAAAUUCAAACCUUCUUUUUCACCUCAACAAAAACCUCUUUUUCCAAAUAGAAGACGGUUAUGGAAGAAGAACCAAUCAAUUGUUCCUGUUGCUAGGUUAUUUGGACCAGCUAUAUUUGAAGCAUCAAAAUUGAAGGUUUUGUUCUUAGGAACUGACAAAGACAAACACCCAGGAAAUCUUCCAAGAACAUAUACAUUAACACAUAGUGAUAUAACCUCAAAACUCACUUUGGCAAUUUCUCAAACCAUAAAUAAUUCUCAGUUGCAGGGAUGGUACAAUAGAUUGCAAAGAGAUGAAGUGGUGGCACAGUGGAAGAAGGUGAAGGGAAAGAUGUCUCUACAUGUUCAUUGUCACAUUAGUGGUGGCCAUUUUUUGUUGGAUAUUUUUGCUAGGCUAAGAUAUUUCAUCUUCUGCAAAGAGUUGCCGGUGGUAAUAAAGGCAUUUGUUCAUGGAGAUGAAAAUUUAUUCAACAACUAUCCAGAAUUACAGGAAGCAUUAGUUUGGGUAUACUUUCAUUCAAAGAUACCAGAAUUCAACAAGGUAGAAUGUUGGGGUCCACUAAAGGAGGCUUCACAACCUAAUGGUGGGACACAACAAGGGGACCACAUUGGUUUAGAGUUACCAAAGCCAUGUCAAGAAGAUUGUGAGUGUUGUUUUCCACCGUUGAAGUUAAGCAGCCCAAUUCCGUGCUCUAAUGAGGUUCCUAAUGAUACUUAUGAACCUAUUGAUGGUAUUGAAACACAACAAUCUUUGUAACUUGUAGACACACGACAACAACCUCAUUGAUUCCUUCUUCUAUACGUAGUUCAUUGUGGGGAAAAAAUACAAAACCCUUUUCAAUGUAAAUAUAAGAAAGAAAAGUUGUAUUUGGGAUUUUUUAUUUUAUUUUACACUUUUUAAAUUUUUUUCGUGUAUGAUUUUUCAUUUAUAAAAAUUAGGUCUUGUAUCGUAACUAAGUAUCUAGUAUUUUUAUUAGGAAUUGUUUGUAAGGUUCAAGAUUGCGAUUAUCAAUUUUAAUAUAAAAUUGUACCAAUUAAUUUGUAAA